AUGCAGACCACCAGGGCAUCACUCAUUGCUCCAGGUCUGAUCCACCGUUGUACCAGGGGCUUUAUCAGGCCUGUGUCUGCCUCCUUCCUAAAUAGUCCCGAGAAUUCAUCUGAACAGCCUUUCUGCAGCAGCUCCCCACUCCAGAUGUCCCGACGGGAGUUCCACACCAGUGUUGUCUCCUGGGACAUUGACACAGCGGCCAAGUUUAUUGGUGCUGAGGCAGCCGUAGUUGGUGUGGCUGGUUCAGGGACUGGCAGUGGAAUGGUGUUUGGCAGCUUCAUCAUUGGCUAUGGCAGGAACCCUUCUCUCAAGCAGCAGCUCUUCUGCUAUGCCAUUCUGGGCUUUGCCCUGUCUGAAGCCAUGGGGCUCUUCUGUUUGAUGGUUGCCUUCCUCAUCCUCUUUGCCAUGUGA